AUGAAACAAGCACCCAAUAGUAGGCCAUAUAACGGUCCCUAUGCGUAUUCUACCGAGCUGGCAAGCCAUACGAAGUACAUACAGCUAAGGUACCGAUGGCUAUGGAUGCAUACGUCCCCGCGAUCCCAUUACAUGACAUCCAGAUUCAAUCAAUGUCAAGUGAGCUGA